AUCACCCCUGGCAGUAAGGCAGCACAGUCACAGAUGAACCAAGGUGACCUUGUGGUAGCCAUUGAUGGAGUCAACACUGACAGCAUGACCCACUUAGAGGCCCAGAACAAGAUCAAGUCAGCCAGCCACAACUUGAGCCUCACUCUUCAGAAAUCUAAACGUCCAGUGCCAAUUUCAACUACAACGCCCAGAAUUGAUACUCCCAGGGCUGUAAUUCCCCACCAGAAGGUCAUAACCAACACCGCUGCCAACUGGUUCAACCCCAAUGUCCUGAAGGACUCUGCCCUGUCUACACACAAACCCAUUGAGGUGAAAGGCCUAGGCGGGAAGGCUACUAUAAUUCACGCCCAGUAUAACACCCCGAUCAGCAUGUAUUCCCAAGAUGCUAUCAUGGAUGCCAUUGCAGGCCAGGCACAAGCCCAGGGUGGAGAAUUUGCUGGUACCCUUCCUCUUAAAGAUCCUCAUGUAGACAGUGCCUCUCCGGUGUAUCAGGCUGUGCUUAAAACUCAGAACAAGCCUGAAGAUGAAAGCGAAGACUGGAGUCGCCGUUCUGCCAAUCUGCAGUCCAAGUCUUUUCGCAUCCUUGCCCAGAUGACUGGAACUGAAUACAUGCAAGAUCCAGAUGAAGAAGCCCUGAGGAGGUCAAGAGACAAGGAAAAUGUUGCUGCAGCAUCAGAAAACAGGCCUACAGGUACCACGCAUGCGCCACAGUAUGUGACCUCAAGUAUUUGGCAUCCUCCUAAAUCAUGCACCAUGGAUGCCAACACUGUCAAUGCUAAGCCAGUGGCCUCCAAGGGGUCUGUGAGGCUUGGAGCGGGUACAAGUCAGAGGGAGGUCAGUUUCACCACUACUGGCCAGAAAGUCCCUCUUACUUCAUCCAGUAAUCAAAGUACCCCUGUUGAGCAUGCUCCGGUGUCUACCAGUUCUGCCUCUGCUCCUGCACCACAUGCUUCAGCCCAUCAGCCUGCUACUGCUGCUCAAAAUACAGCCAGUCUCAUGAUGCCACCAGCAACCACCUCAGUAGUGCAAGAGUCUUUCUCAUCCUCCUUCCAAAGAGUGCCUGCAGCCCCCAGCUCUCUCUCACAGCCUAAGCCUUAUCAUGGGUCCAAGAACACGUCAUUAGCAGCUUCCACUAUUUCAUCUGCUAUCUCAUCUCAGUAUAGUUUCAACCGGCAUUCUUCCACCUCCAUCAACUACCAGUCAAAGAAGAG